AGGGUGAGCAGCCUCCACACUGAGACGGUCGAGAGCAAAACAAAAAUCAAGAUGUCCAUCCGGAGGCUCAGGAGCAGCCCUAAAAUGCUGGGAGAUGUCAAUACGGUGACAGAGGAGCUGAAGAAUCUUUAUUACAAGAGGCUGCUGCCGAUAGAGAAAUAUUGCGCCUUCCAUCACUUCCACACGCCGAGCUAUGAGGACGCAGACUUUGACAGUAAGCCAAUGGUGCUGGUGAUGGGCCAGUACUCAACAGGAAAGACAACUUUCAUCAGGUAUCUCAUAGAGCAAGACUUUCCUGGUAGCAGAGUUGGGCCAGAGCCGACCACUGACUGCUUCAGCGCCGUCAUGUACGGAGACCAGGAGGGAAUCAUCCCUGGGAAUGCCCUCACGGUGGAUCCCAAGAAACCCUUCCGCAACCUUGGCCCAUUUGGAAACUCUUUUCUGAACAGGUUUCAGUGUGUUCAGAUGCCAAAUCAAGUGCUUGAAAGCAUCAGCAUUAUCGACACACCGGGGAUAUUAACUGCAGCUAAGAGAAAGCUGAGUCGAGGCUACGACUACCCGGCAGUGCUGCGCUGGUUUGCAGAGCGUGUGGAUCGAAUCAUCCUGCUCUUCGACGCACACAAACUGGAGUUCUCCGACGAGCUCACCCGGGCCUUUGGGUCUCUGUGCGGCUACGAGGACAAGCUGCGCGUGGUGCUCAACAAGGCCGACAGCGUGGACUCGCAGCAGCUCAUGAGAGUGUACGGUGCCCUCAUGUGGUCACUGGGGAAAGUGUUUCGGACCCCGGAGAUCCUGCGUGUAUACAUCGGGUCGUUCUGGUCCGAGCCCAGGCAGAUGUGCGACCACUACCAGUUGAUCGAGCUGGAGGAGGAGGAUCUUCUGACUGACAUACGGAACCUGCCGCGGAAUGCUGCAGUACGGAAGCUGAAUGACCUGGUGAAGAGGGCACGCUUAGUACGGGCUCAUGCACAUAUUAUCAGCUAUCUAAAGCAGGAGAUGCCGACCAUUUUCUGCAAAGAAAGCAAGAAGCACAACCUGAUUUAUCAGCUUCCUGUGAUUUUCCACAAGAUCCAGCAACAGCAUCGAGUUCCAGCUGGUGACUUCCCGGACUGCGCCAAGAUGCAGGAGAAACUUCUGGGUCACAAUUUCUCAAAGUUCAAGACCCUGAAACCAAGUCUGAUGGCCUCCCUGGAUAAACUCCUGACCACUGACAUAGCAAACCUGAUGCCUUUACUUCAACAGCAAGAAACAAAGAAAAAAUCCCUCCCCGGCAUGUUGGACGGGGACUUUUUGGGAACGUUCCGGCGCGAGCAUUACAGGAGAGAUCCUUUCAAGGAGCUCCCAAGAGACGAUGACGGCAGCGAGGCAGAUUUCUACGAGUGGAUCGUGGAGAAGUACAAGCCCAAGUACGAUGAGAUCUUCUACAACCUCAGUCCGAACGCGGGCAAACUGAGCGGCAGCAAAGUCAAACAGUGGAUGACGACCACGCUUCUGCCGAACUCUGUGCUCGCUCACGUCUGGAGGCUGUCCGAUGUGGAUGGAGACGGCAUGUUGGACAAUGAGGAGUUCGCUUUGGCAGUCCACCUUAUUGAGGGGAAGCUGGAAGGCCACUGGCUGCCCAGAGAGCUGCCCUCUCACCUGGUGCCACCGUCAAAGCGCCUAAGUACAGCCAGCGAAGAAGAGUAA